GUCAAAUACUCUGAAAUUACAAAAUCAAAACUUUAUUGAAAUAAUUUGGUGUGAUUAUGACCAACUUGAAAUGCGUUUUCUUGGCUGGAUUACUCCACGUGAUCAAGUUCCUGGCGUUUGAUUCCAGAAGUCCCAAUGCUCCGGCACCGAAGCUACCCUCGCUAAUCGUGGGUCUUGCUGCGAUGGAUCUUAUAUGGGACAAUAACCUCGUUCCACGGCUACUUCAAAAUAGUCUGGCAGUGAUCAGGCGGAUAUACGAAGUGAUAGUGUCGUACCUGCUUUUGGGACUUGUAAUGGUGAUUUGGAAGACAGUGGAUAAUAUAUGUGUCAUCCUAUUGAGGAUCUUAAUAAUCGGCAUUGGCCACGUAUCGGAGUCCAACUAUGAAAACAACGAGAGCUACUGGGUGGGCACUGUUACUGUGCCGUUGUCCCUCCUGAUCCUUGCAAUUGCCGGCCAAGCCACUGGCCAUUUCCCCGUGUUACGCCGUGUUCAGCUGCACUGGAAGGAGUCCUUGAGGUACAUACAUUAAUCGCCAUCCGACGAAGAAGCUGCGCCGCAUCGUGCCGAUUCUGAAGGAGCACAGGGAUCGGGAACGACGACAGCGUAGGCAAUAAAGUGAAUCUUGUGAUAGACACGCGAAUUCAAUUGGAUUCGCUUAUUUUAUACAAGAAACAAGAAAUCAUAAUAUUUGAAGUGCUUUUAUUUAAAUUACAAAAUAACAA